UCUCACACUUGACUGAAUAAUGCAUAUCAUGCUGGAUAAACAUCGGAGAAGUUCCGUUGCCCUGUCCCGAGUUGUAAAGUUCGCAGGACGGUCCGUUUAUUUAUGAGGCUAAGUUGGCUGGCGAAAAUGAGUUCGGAAGUGAUCCUGGUUUUGCUCACUGCCGUUGCAACAGGGAGUUGUUUAUUCAGCGUGCCUUUGCACCGCAUCAAGUCAGUGCGAUGCAAGUUGGGAGAAGUUGGUACAGAUGUGGAAGUUGCACAACCCAAGUACAACAGCGACGAUGUCAAUUUGCCAAUCCCGGAACCUUUAUCCAACUAUCUUGAUGCCCAGUACUAUGGUGCCAUCACCAUUGGAACUCCUCCGCAGUCUUUUCGAGUGGUCUUUGACACUGGCUCUGCCAACCUUUGGGUUCCCUCCAAGCAAUGCAAGUGGUCCAACAUAGCUUGCUUGCUACAUAACAAGUACGAUCACUCAAAGUCGUCAACAUACAGGAAGAACGGAACCUCCAUUUCUCUGCAGUAUGGAACCGGCAGCAUGAGUGGAUUUCUCAGCUCGGACAGGGUAGCCGUUGCAGGAAUCAAUGUUCUAAAUCAGACCUUUGCGGAAGCAGUAACAGAACCAGGCCUCACAUUUGUGGCUGCAAAAUUUGACGGGAUACUCGGUCUCGGUUUUGGUCGCAUUGCUGUCGGCGGAGCAACUACAGUAUUCGACAACAUGAUUGCUCAGGGCCUGGUGCCUCAGCCUGUGUUUUCUUUUUUUCUCAACAGAAACUCCAGCUCGUCUAAUGGCGGAGAAAUCACAUUUGGCGGAGUGGACAGACGAUACUUCGUGGGAGAGAUAACUUAUGUUCCCGUAACCAGGAAAGCAUAUUGGCAGUUUGCAAUGGAUGGCAUGUCCGUGCAAAACAGCACUGUGACAUUCUGCUCCGAGGGUUGCCAGGCUAUCGCAGACACUGGGACCUCACUGAUUGCGGGACCCUCCCUGGAAAUUAUGAAACUGCAGAAGCUCAUAGGAGCCACACCGCUAUCUCACGGAUCAUACACAGUAAACUGCGAGGACAUUGAUAAGCUGCCAGAUGUGAGCUUUGACAUUGGCAAUAAGACGUUUGUCUUGCAUGGCAGCGACUACGUUCUAAGGGUGGUUCAACUGGGCCGAGAGGUGUGUCUCUCGGGAUUUGUUGGCCUGGACAUUCCGGCCGGACCACUGUGGAUCUUGGGAGACGUAUUCAUUGGCCGCUACUACACAAUCUUUGACCAGGGCAACAUGCGUCUGGGAUUUGCGCAAGUUGCCCACAUCCAUUAGGAAUGCUUGACAGCGACAGCAACUGAACAGCAUUGGUGGCCAUGGACAAUGGAGGAAAAUGAGCAGUAAAAGUUUGUCAAUGUGGAAGGGAACGUCCAGGAAUGACUGCUCCAAAUAACAAUAACAAAAAUAAUGGUUAAUGAUGAAGCAAUAAAGGAUUCAACUGA